GCUUAAUUCUCUUAUAGAAAUCAGCGCUUGCUUGCUUGCACGAGUGACGAGUCUUAUAUAUUAAGAAACCAUCCCCCACUUAUCCUGGAAUAUGUUUUGUUUUGUUUAUAUAUGUCCCUUGAAUUAAUUUUUCGAGCUUCGUGAAUUUGGCCGGUUUGUCUUCGGCUCUUGUUGGUUCUUUAAUGAAAUUCGACCUGAAUUCAUGGGAGCUCAAAGCACUAGAUUUCGAUGUGUGUUCGUGUAAUCUAUUCUGUCUGUCGCGCGCGCGGUUUCCUUUAUAUAUAUAUAUAUAUAUAUGUAUAUAUAUUCUCCACAAGAAUUGAAGAAGUUUCUUAUAUAGUUGAGAUCGAGUUUUUGAGCUAGCUUAGCUUAAUUAUACUGCUUCAGAAAGAAGAUCAAUGGAAAGUGGGUUUCAGUCAGGUUGGAGUAGCAGCUUCUUGCGUGGGCUAGAAAAUGUAGAGGAAGACACAGAGCUGAAAGUAGCGUCAUCGUUGCCUGCGAUCCCUCAACCACAAACACCACAGGAGCCUAUGGAAUACUUGUCCAGGUCAUGGAGCCUUUCUGCUUCAGAAAUUUCCAAGGCUCUUGCUCAAAACCACAAACAUCUUUUCCUUGACAACAAUCCCAACACUUCUCCAGAAUCAGUUGAUGUGCCAGAACUGGCAAUGAAGGUAACAGAUUCUGUUAAUGGUCGGAGGACGAUGUCGUUUGGAAAAUGGUUCCACCACAAAGAGUCCAGUUUUUGCACACUGAAGAAGAAAGACAGGGCACGUGUAGAAAAUGCACAUGUGCAUUCUGCUCUCUCAGUCGCUGGACUGGCUUCAGCUUUGGCUGCCGUGACUGCGGCAGAGAACUCCAAUGGGUCGGGAACCAAAAUGAACAUGGCUAUGGCAUCUGCUACGCAACUCUUGGCAUCACAUUGCAUUGAAUUAGCUGAAGUAGCUGGGGCCGAUCAUGAUUGUGUGGCUUCUGUUGUCAGAUCGGCAGUUGAGAUUCGAAGUCCUGGUGAUCUAAUGACUCUCGUAGCGGCAGCUGCAACAGCUUUGCGAGGUGAAGCAGCUUUUAAAGCAAGAGUGCCAAAAGAAGCAAAGAAGAAUGCAUCUAUAAGUCCCUGUGAUAGAGGCAUGGCAGGGACCAACUGGGCUGCUGCUUUCCGUGGUCAAAUGGUAGAACAAAGUCCUCCCUUUGUUGGGGAAUUAUUGCAAGUCACACAAAAAGGAGUUCUACAAUGGAAGCAUGUCUCUAUCUACAUCAACAAGAAAUCGCAGGUCAUAAUUAAGCUCAAAAGAAAACACGUUGGAGGAGCCUUCUCCAAGAAGAAUAAAUGUGUUGUUUAUGGAGUUUGUGAUGAGAGCGCUGCAUGGCCAUAUAGAAAAGAAAGGGAAAUUUCAGAGGAGGCCUAUUUCGGCCUCAAAACUGGACAAGGUCUUCUAGAGUUCAAGUGCAAGAACAAGAUCCAUAAGCAGAGAUGGGUUGAUGAAAUUCAUAAUCUUCUUCGUCAAGUUAGCUGCAUUGAAGCAACCGAACGUUCUCUGGGAUUCAUAAGUAUAAAGUAAAUAGUAGAUGCUAUGUUUUGUGUAUAUGUAGUACGUGCAAGAGUAGGGCAGAUAACUUCAUGAAAGGCAUAAUCGCAUCUCAUUUGAGAAGAAAUUGUCGUUUCCCUAUACACAGAUAGAAAGAACACAUGCAAUGUAGUGAAUGUCCUGGUCUUAUGUCUGGUUCAGGACAAUUAUAAAGGUCAAUAUUUACUUGGGAGUUUAUAAUAAUUCUUUCCGCAAUGGGGAAAAAUGAACAAA